UCUCUGAGGGCUAUAUAAGGAUAAUCUUAACAUGGGUGUUCAGAUUUUUCUCUACCCAUCCCUGACCACAGGCCCCCAAAAUAUCGUUAUGCCAACUUGCUCUCUCUUUUUCUUCAUCUCUUCUUCAUAUAUAGACACUAUUUUUUGUUUCUAAAGGCUUACAUCCAAGCAGGAUUUUGUGUCAGAAUUGUUGAUGAAGCUGAAAUCAUCUGAAGAGAUCUGCAUUUCUCAAAACCACCUGGCUCAGUUGCAGACAAAAUAUAUGCCUGGGAACAGAUACAGUUUUAAUUCUUCCACCCCAAGAACAAGAUUGGAAAGACUUUUGAGGGAAAGAGAGCUUAGAAAAUUCAAUCAAUCUUUCAAUCUUACCAACGAGGUCAAAGAUGGGAACAGGGAAGGUGACCCUUUUGGGAAUGACUCAGCAAAUGAAGGUGACAAUGGAGGGGUUCCCAAUGAGGAAGAGUUCCUAGAAGGGUUUACGGCAGGAAGAACAGUUGGUGAUGCAUUUGAAAGGCAGGAUGCACGGCCUUCAAAACAACGUUUGUUGGUAGUGGCCAACAGACUGCCGGUGUCUGCAGUUAGGAAGGGUGAGGAUUCAUGGCAACUAGAGAUUAGUGUAGGGGGCCUUGUCAGUGCAUUGUUGGGCGUGAAAGAAUUUGAGGCCAGAUGGAUUGGUUGGGCAGGGGUAAACGUACCUGAUGAAAUCGGACAGAAAUCACUGGCUAAAGCUCUAGCAGAAAAGAGGUGCAUCCCCGUUUUUCUUGAUGAAGAAAUAGUUCAUCAAUACUAUAAUGGGUACUGUAACAACAUGCUGUGGCCUCUUUUCCAUUAUCUUGGGCUUCCACAAGAGGACCGCCUUGCGACUACCCGCAGUUUUCAGUCUCAAUUUGAUGCAUACAAGAAAGCAAACCAAAUGUUUGCUGAUGUUGUGAAUGAGCAUUAUCAAAAUGGUGAUGUCGUUUGGUGCCAUGAUUACCACCUGAUGUUUCUUCCCAAAUGUUUGAAAGAAUAUAACAUUGAAAUGAAAGUUGGUUGGUUUCUUCACACACCUUUCCCUUCAUCAGAAAUACAUAGGACCCUGCCAUCUCGAUCAGAGCUGUUGAGAUCUGUUCUUGCUGCAGAUUUGGUUGGUUUUCACACAUAUGAUUAUGCAAGGCAUUUUGUUAGUGCUUGCACUCGUAUUCUUGGGCUUGAGGGUACACCUGAAGGAGUAGAGGAUCAAGGAAAGCUGACUCGUGUGGCUGCGUUUCCUAUUGGGAUAGAUUCUGAUCGGUUCAUUCGAGCUCUUGAACUUCCUCAAGUCCAGAAUCACAUAAAAGAGUUGAAAGAGAGAUUUGCUGGCAGAAAGGUAAUGUUAGGUGUUGAUCGUCUUGAUAUGAUUAAGGGGAUUCCCCAAAAGAUAUUGGCAUUUGAAAAGUUUCUUGAAGAAAAUCCCAAUUGGCGGGACAAAGUAGUUCUGCUACAAAUUGCUGUACCAACAAGGACAGAUGUUCCUGAGUACCAAAAGCUCACAAGCCAGGUUCAUGAAAUUGUUGGUCGUAUCAAUGGGCGAUUUGGAACUCUCACUACCGUUCCAAUACAUCAUUUGGAUCGAUCUCUUGACUUCCAUGCAUUAUGUGCACUUUAUGCUGUCACUGAUGUAGCACUUGUUACAUCUUUAAGGGAUGGAAUGAAUCUUGUUAGCUAUGAGUUUGUGGCCUGCCAAGCUUCAAAGAAAGGGGUUCUCAUUCUAAGUGAGUUUGCAGGUGCUGCACAGUCUCUUGGUGCUGGUGCUAUCUUGGUAAACCCAUGGAAUAUCACAGAAGUUGCUGCUUCAAUUGGUUAUGCCUUGAAUAUGCCGGCUGACGAAAGAGAAAAAAGACACUGGCAUAAUUUCAUGCAUGUGACUACUCACACAUCUCAAGAAUGGGCAUUGACCUUUGUAAGUGAACUCAAUGAUACCAUUUUUGAAGCUCAGCUGAGGACAAGACAAGUUCCACCUUUACUUCCAACAAAAGAUGCAAUUGAACGAUAUCUGCAAUCCAAUAAUCGAUUGCUUAUACUGGGCUUCAAUUCUACAUUAACCGAACCAGUAGACAUCCCAGGUAGAAGAGGUGGGCAAAUUAAAGAAAUGGAGCUUAAAUUGCACCCAGAUUUGAAAGAACCCUUGAAGAAGCUUUGUGAUGAUCCGAAGACAACAGUUAUUAUUCUCAGUGGAAGCGACAGGGGGGUCCUGGACGAUAAUUUCAGUGAAUACAACAUGUGGUUGGCAGCUGAAAAUGGGAUGUUUUUACGUCUUACCACAGGAGAAUGGAUGACGACAAUGCCAGAUAAUCUGAAUAUGGAUUGGGUUGACAGUGUAAAGCAUGUUUUUGAGUAUUUUACUGAAAGAACACCUCGAUCUCAUUUUGAGCUUCGUGAGACUUCACUUGUGUGGAAUUACAAGUAUGCAGACAUUGAAUUUGGGAGGCUUCAAGCAAGAGAUAUGUUGCAGCAUCUGUGGACAGGCCCAAUCUCUAAUGCGUCUGUUGAUGUUGUGCAAGGUGGCCGAUCUGUUGAAGUCCGAGCAGUGGGUGUUACAAAGGGUGCAGCUAUUGAUCGUAUUUUAGGAGAAAUAGUUCAUAACAGGGGCAUGAAGGCACCUAUUGAUUAUGUCCUGUGCAUUGGGCACUUUUUGGGGAAGGAUGAAGACAUCUAUACAUUUUUUGAGCCAGAACUUCCUUCUGAACCGGCAGCUGCAGCAAGAACCAAGGUAGUUGAACCUGUCAAAACAUCUGCAACUAAGGUUUCAACCAGUAAAAGUGGGUCCAAGCCAUCUCGCUGUAAGAAACAACAGGCCUCAUCAAGCUUAGAGAAAACAUGCAAUUAUGGGAGUGGAAGCGGGAGUGGUUGGCGGCCUACAAUGCGUCAAAAAACGUCACUGCAUGAGGGUUCAUCAGUUCUUGAUCUCAAGGGUGACAAUUACUUCUCCUGUGCUGUUGGACGGAAGCGAUCAAAAGCCAGAUAUCUCCUUGGCUCAUUAGAUGAUGUUGUUACGUUAAUAAAGGAUUUGGCAGAAUUUUCAAGACCAUGUUGAGCUUAUCUUGUUGCUUUCUGUCUGAAGGUAGAAGCCUUGCACAUCUUGAAUUCUCUGUUACCAGUCUCAUUUUUCCAGCCAUUUGGCAUCCUUCCCUUAUAAUAUGAUACCUAUUUCUCCAAGCUAGAUGGUUUACCAGUCUAUAGAAAUUGAGCUACCGUAUGAAAGGGUAUCAGUUGUAGCAAGAACAUAUUUCCUGAUCAUAUAAAUUACAGAUGGUGUUUUUUGUCAAACAAUUGAGUAGAAAUAAAGUGAUGGGCUUCUAAAGUUUUCUAA